CAGGAGGGGGCCGGCAUGGGAGAGCACUGCGUGACGGAUCGGCCGACUCCUAUUGGAGAGGUGCCGACUGGAGAGAUGGCCAGCUUGGGUUCGAUAGAUUGCUACAUAUCUAAACCCUCCGACUAUCCCCACUCGCCGUCCAAGCUCCUCCUCUUCCUCACCGGUGGCACCGGUAUUAAAUCGACGAACAACCAAUUGCAGGCGGACAAAUAUGCGUCGGAAGGCUUUGUCGUAGUCAUGCCAGAUCAAUUCGAAGGCAACCCCGCCCCCAACUCCGCCACCGACUCCGUCGACGACGCCUCCCCCAUCAUCGAAAAACUCAAACACGGCGCCGCCGAUGUCGUCAAGUCUUUCCGCAUCGACAUGUGGCUCGCCUACCACACCCCGCAGCGCGUGCUCCCUGUCCUACACAAAGUCCUCGAAAGCGCCCACGAGGAAUUCGCCGACGCCGUGGCAAACGGCGGGGGGGUAUACGGUGUCGGAUACUGCUUCGGGGCCAAGUACAUCUUGCUGCUCGCCGGGGAGCACAAGGAGACGCUCGGGUGGGGGAAGACGGAGGUGGAUGAGGAGCGGGGGAUCACGACGACGGGGCCGAUGAUCAAGGCAGGGGCAGUGGCGCAUGGGACGCUAGUUGAAAAGGAGGAUGUGGCGGGGGUGAAGGUUCCGAUGUGUUUGAUCUGCGUGGAGAACGAUUCGCUGUUUCCGGAUGAGGUGCGGCGGCGGGGGGUGGAGGCGCUAGAGAAGGCGGAGGUGGAACAUGAGGUGAAAGUGUACCCCAAAGUUCCGCAUGGGUUCGCCGUGUAUGGCGAUUAUGAAGAUCCGGCGAUAAAGCAAGCGCAGGAUGUGGCGUUCGGGCAGAUGCUUGGGUGGUUGCAAGGCCACUGACGGUCUGGUUUCCUUAUUGUUAGCCCACGAUUGCGCUGAAUUGGCGAGGUCCUUGUCUUACCGUCAUGAUAUCCAAUGACCACUCCAGCAACCUCCCGU